UACACUCCAACGUGCAUGUAGAGAAGACCGUCCCUCUACAGAGGUAGUCUCAUCCGUGUGUCCUUGCAGUACUAUCAUGUUUGUACUGGUCUGUUGGCAAUUGUUCGUACUGCCCUAAAACCGUAACCAUGGUAACAGUGCUACAGUAUGAGGCCCUGCUUUUCACAUCAGAACUGUUGAAGAACUUCCGCAGAGGGCAGUAGCAGUGUUGUUGCACACAUUCAAGUAAGCAAUGGCUGCUGAUAAUCCGCUGGUUCAAAUCCCGUCUGAUCAGUUCCUAACAACGGCGAAGGUGGCGGUACGCAAGUCGUCCUCGCAGGGAGAUUGGCUGAGUGCCUGCGAUGCGCUGUACGCGUUCCAGGACCUGGGCAUGUGCGUCACAUUCGGCCAGGUGGUGGAGAUCAUGGUGACGGCCAUGAAGUGCCAGGCGCGCUACACCUGCUGCACUGACACUGACAAGAUGCCGGAGAAGCUGUGCCUGCUGUACGGCGAGUUCUGCUGGUACGCUGCGCAGUUCCUUCACGCGUUCUGGCAGUGCCGCACGCAGCCCGGCAGGCCCGACAAGCCACGCAUCCUGCAGACCGUGAUCAAGCCGCUGCAGGACUCGCAACAGGCGGUGUUCCUGGGCGGCGCGUGUAACCCCACCGACUGGCGCGAGCGCAUCGCAAUACCAUUCAUGGAGAAGCACAACAUCACCUACCACAAUCCUCAGGUAAGAGAGUGGUAUGAAGGCGUCAUUGAUCUGGAGAGCAAGGCCAAGCGGCAGGCUAAGAUAUCACUGGUAUUGGUGGACGAGGAGACGCGCUGUGUGUCGUCGCUCAUCGAUGCCGCUUAUCUGUGUGCGGUCGGCGUCGGCAUUGCUCCCGUGAUGCGCAUGACAUACAAGCGCCACCCGAGUCGAGCGGACUGUGCCGUGCAGCUGGGUGAAGACGAGGCGUUGGAGCUGAACUACGCACGCGCACUGCUGGUGGACUAUGCCGAGUCCAAUGGUGUCCGUGUCUACAGCAGCCUGGAGGGCGCGCUGGACACCAUCCGCGAGACAUUGACCAGUAGCGAGGGUGUCGCAGCGCAACAUCUACCAUCCUGGGAAGAGAGCGGCAUGCGACUCGGCUCUACGAUCAACGCAGCAAACCAAGCGUUCAUGAGCGGUGCUGAGCCAACAGGUGACGACGGACAGUGCUACAGGAUGUCCGGAAAAAGAGCACGCCAAUCCAUCAUGCGCCUACACGGCAUCAGCAGCAGUGACAUUGACGUCACCAUUCCGAUGAUAACGCUCAACUACAGCGAGUACAUGUCGUUUGCAGCACUCAUGUUCCUGAAAGCAAAGGAGCACGCAGCACCGGGGUGGAAAGCUAUGCUGCCCGCCUUUCAGGAGCCAAAUCCGUCUAGCUGCAGUACCUUGCUAUCGUCUGCCAAACACACAGUUGUCAGCUCGGCACGCAGGUGGAUGAGGGACCGUUUCCCCAGCCCAAUGCCAUUGAUCGAUGACGUCGACAAUCCAGGGCAGAUGGUCUUCCUCGGAGGAAGCUGCGGAAACACGGCCUGGCGCCAGCGCAUCGCUAUUCCACACCUGCAACGGGCCGGUGUAGCAUUCUACAACCCACAAACAGCACCUGGCACUUGGGAGUUCGGAAACAUUCCGGAGCAGAUAAAUUACAUGAAGACAUUCGGAGUUCUGCUGUUUGUGAUCACGUCCGAGACACGGAGCACUGCCUCGCUUGUCGAUGCCUCGUUCAACAUUGGACUAAUGCAACAGAGUAUCAUCACAUACAUUCAGGAUGUUUCAGAGGAUGGUAAUGUUGCCGGAGAGGCGCUAUCAAGGACAGCGGUACAAGACUACAAUCGAGGACGUGCAUAUCUGCGCAAUGUAUGCAGGGAGCGGAACAUCCCCAUGUACGUCAGCAUCGAGAAAGCUUUACAAAGCUGCGUGAAUCUCAUCUGCAAGGGCUAUCCGCUGCGCGACGGCCUAACUGAAUCAGCGGUGGUACCGUCUCCACAGGUAGCAGCCCAGAGUACUGAAAAGUAAUCACAUCACCAACCAGCCGCGUCUGAAUAACCUGAACAGACUUGUGACCAUAGUGGAACAUAGACAGUACGCCGCGCAAUCUGUAAAUGGAACACUACACAGCGGGGCCAUGGGCGGACUAGCUGAUCACAUGGUAGCGUCAUCAAGUGCAUUAGAAGCCGGUAAUGAGCUCUUGUGCCAUCGCCCUUACAUCAUGAUUGACGGGCAGAGAACGGAUGCGGCGAGGUUCGAAGUGUGUUGUGUUCUUGUUAUGCGAUCAAUGUGCAUGCUGGGGAAGUGAACAGCUACAGAAUAUUUCGAACAAAUAAUUCAUCGUCACUUGUUGGAAGUCUAACUGGCACAUCCGAGUAGGGUGGGACAGAAUGAUAAUGAAUAACUGUAGCAAAUGACUGAUUUGGUCCAUCCCACAUUAGGAAACGGAUCAUGUAUACCUGAUUUAUCCAUUGCUUUAUAUCAUCACAUGUGCUUCCCAGCUAUGUCGAUUGGAAGUUUCCAUUUGUUCUUUCGUUAUCAUGUCUGCACCCACUGUAGGCCCAGUUCACAGCCUAGCAGUGUUGUGCUGAGACUGUCAGAGCCGGUAUGUUUCGUAGUAUUGUCAUUCGAGUGAUGAUAGGGACAUGUGUUGUCAAUUA